AUGGAAUCGAUCGAUCCUAAUAUUGUAACUCGAUCUCCGGCGAAAGCUCCGUCAUCAUCUUCAUCGAAUUCGGUGGAUUCAAUCAAUCCAACUAGAUUUCCGGCCAAAGCUCCGUCAACAUCAACAUCCAAUUCAGUUGAUGAAAGAGAAAUAAUUUCGGAAGUAGAAAAUUAUGCAGAUAUUUCAAAUAUAUUUUCCGUUCCCGUGCUGAAAGAAACACCUAAAACAAAUGUUACUCAAACAUUCCAAACGCCGGACGGAUCGCAGUUUUUUGUCCCAAUAGUUGAUUACAAAAGACAACCAGUGAUAGGAAGAAACUAUGGAUCACUUGAAAGAUGUCGUAAGAUGUACCACGAGUAUGCUUAUUAUUCUGGUUUUGAAAUCACAAAAGGGAGCCAGAAAACUAAUUUGUCGGGAAUAGUAAGACAAAAGUACUAUCUUUGUCACAGAGCUGGAGAAAGAAAGAAGGUUAACAUAGAUAGUUUAGAAAGAAAUGAAAAACAAGUUAGAAAAAGCAGCAUGGAAUCCACUGGAUGUAAAGCUAGAGUGAGAUUUGACUUGGAUUACUUGAACGAAACAUACAUAAUAGCUGAUUUCCAUGCAAUUCAUAAUCAUGAAUUGGUUCCGCGAGAGUAUAGACAUCUAUGCAAAACAGAUAGACAACUAAAAUAUGCAGAGCAGCUAUUUGUCUACAAUGCCUCCAUCUCAAACGUUGGACCAACAAAAGCUCAUCAACUGUACAGUAACUUGAAGGGAAGCUCGUUAAAUGUAAACGGGACAGUUGAUGAUUUCAGAAACUGGAAGAGGGACCUAAAUGUGUACAUCAAUGAAAGUGACGCUCAAAUUUUAGUUAACAAAAUGAUGGAAAUGAGAGAACAUAUCCCUGGUUUUGCAUUUGAGUAUAAGGUUGACAACUCUGAAUUGCACUCACUCUUUUGGGCCGAUAAUGUAGCAAGGCGUAACUAUGAAGAAUUCAGUGACAUAAUGUCCUUUGAUGCAACGUAUCGGACAAACAGGUACAACAUGAUGUUUGUCCCUUUCACGGGAAUAGACAACCAUAACAAAUGUGUAACCUUUGCUGCUGGGUUGAUAAGAGAUGAGAAGCAAGAAACAUACACAUGGCUCCUAAAAUGUUUCAUGGAUAACUUCAAGAAAGAGCCAACAAUGGUGGUAACAGAUCAAGACAAAGCCAUGGAGAUUGGAAUAAAAAAUAUAUUUAAGACUGCAAAGCAUAGGCUGUGCAUGUGGCACAUAACACAAAAACUGCCAACAAAGAUAAGAGAGGCAACUCCAAGUAUAGAAGAUGAAACUGAGAGAGACUUCAAGAGCAGGUUUGACAGUAUAGUUUGGAAUAUUCACAUGGAACCAAAAACUUUCGAGGAAAAAUGGGAGAAGUUGAUGAUUGAUUUUUCAUUACAAAAUGACAAUUGGUUCAAGUAUAUGUUUCAAAUCAGAUCAAAGUGGAUACCAGCUUACUUCAUUGACACUCCAAUGUGUGGCUUGAUGAGAACAACAUCAAGGUCAGAAAGCGAGAAUGCUUUUUUUUCUCAUUUCACAAGAUCAGCGUCAAAUCUGGUGAGUUUCAUGAGUGGAUUUGAAUCAGCAAUGAUGAAACAAAGGUCAAAACAAGAAAAGUUAGAUGCUGAAACAAUAAAGAAGACUCCAAUAUUGAACACAAAACUCAAAAUAGAAAUGCAUGCUUCAAAACUGUACACAAAAACAAUUUUUGAGAUGAUACAGAAGGAAAUAGAAGCUGGUCUAUAUGAUUGUUUAGUUGCCCAAAUGACUGCUGAAGAAGAGUGUCAAAUUUAUAUCAUUAAUGAGAUGUUAAAGAGGAAAGUGAAAGAGACUGGACAAAAUGUGAUUCAGUAUAAGGUAUUGCAUAACCUUGAGAAUAGUUCUGUUAUGUGUACCUGUAGACACUAUCUCCGUUUAGGUCUCCUUUGCCGACAUUGUUUUAGUGUUUUGAAGAACAAUAAUAUAGAUGAAAUACAUGCACAAUACAUUAUGAGGCGGUGGACAAAAGGCAUCAUACCACCUGAUUUGAGAUCAAGCAGAAACAGAUUUGACAAUGGAAAUGUUGGUACUCAAAAGAUGGUUGCUGAAGCAAGUUCAGUUUUUGAGGACUACUUACAUCUUGUUGUGAACGAUGAUGAAAAACUUAAAGAGUUUCUGGAAAAAGUCAAAUCGUUGAAGUCAGAAGUUGAGGCUGAUAUGGCAAACCAACCACCAAAGAAAAAAAAUGAAGUGAUAUCAAGAAUGAUGGGUGUUGAAAAACCAGAUUCAAACGAAAUAAAAAACCCUCCAGUUGGAGUGUAUAAGGGAUGUGGAACUGUUAACCGUAUAAUGGGCGGUAAGGAGAAAGGACUAAAAGAAAACAAUAAAAGAAAGAGAAAGUGUACUACAUGCGGAGAUACGAAUCACAACAGCAGGACAUGUGGAAAAAAGAAACAAAAACUCAAUGAAAAAGUGAAUACUGAAGGAGCUUCAAACAAUUAG